CCACUGGCCACAGGCUCCAAACAAGUAUCGGUAAAAAGGAUCACAGUUGGAUCCUCUGCUUCUGGGCUUGCUUCUGCUUCUGCUUCUGGGUACUUGUUGAGAGAUCAGCAGCAGAGCUAAAAGUGCUGCUAUCACUACACAGCACAGUGAAUUAAUAGACAUGGCUCUCAAUAGUCACUGCUUGCUACCUUCAAAUUUGCGACUUCCAAUGCUAAUUUAUAUCAUAGAAAACGACGAUACCUUACUUGAAAAUCUGUCCUCUAAGAACCUCCUCUGCAAAUACUCCAUGGCCUCUGCCUUCUCAAGCUGGCUGUGCAGCUAUGGCGCCAAGUCUAAGCUCGUCAGAAUCGUCCAUCCCGGCGGUCACAUAGAGCUCCACGACGGUCCCAUCCGGGCGGCGGAGAUCAUGCUCCGAAACCCAGAAUUCUCCCUCACUCACUCCCAAUCAGCUAAUCAUCCAUGGGCCAUCGUCUCGCCGGACACGACGCUCAUGCUGGGCUGCAAAUACUACCUCUUACCUGAAAACAGCGUGGGAAACCCCCAGAAGAUGAAGGAAAAUGGAGGGUUGGAAUCGGAUUGUUUGAAUGGCGGAAAGUGUAUGAUGUGUUUUGUUCCAAAGGAGAAGGGCGAGAGAACUGUGAGGUGGGAAAGUGGUGAUGAUUUGAAGGGGAAUGACAAGAGGGUAUUUUUGCAAAAUGGGAAUAUUAGAGGGUCUCCCAAGAGACCAUUUGGGUCAUCUGAUAAUUGGGAACCAAAUUUGAAUAGCAUCUCUGAAGAAUAUUAGAAGUUUGUAUUUUGUUUUCUUAGGAUUGGAUUGAGUUUGGUUAGUUUAUUAUAAUGAUGAAUCCAUAGUUGGUCGAUUA